AAACCGCUGCUGCUACACGCGCGCGCUCUAGAAGCUGCGCUCGUGCUUUUCCCCCCGCAGACACUUGCUUUUACAACUGGAGGGUCGCGCGCGGAGUGACGCGCGCGCGGCUCGUGGAGGUCUUGUUGUGAAGAUGGAGAUGCUGCGCCUGGAGGAGGAGGAGACGUCCGGGGGCGGGUGAGCGGCAGCUGCAGCAGCAUCCUCCUCAUCUUCAUCCUUUUUCCUACCGGAGAGUCAACAUGGCCGCGCAGAGGCUCCCGCGCUGACACAAACAUCCAGAACAGAUGGCGUUCAUGUCCCGGUUCUCCCGGUCCCGGAGCAGCUCCAGGUCUCCGAACCGAAAAGACUCCGAACCGUCUCCGAACCUGAGCGUGUCCGAGCUGGAGAGGCUGCUGUGCACGGGCAAGACGGCCUGCAACCACGCGGACGAAGUCUGGCCGCGGCUCUACAUCGGAGACCAAAACAUCGCCUCAGAUCGCCGCGAGCUGGCCAAACUCGGCAUCACGCACAUCCUGAACUGUGCGCAGAGCAAGUGGAGGGGCGGAGCCGAGUACUACGCGGGGAUGAACAUCACCUACUACGGCAUCGAGGCGCACGACUCGCCCACCUUCGACAUGAGCGUCAACUUCUACCCGGCUGCCGAGUUCAUCCACAAGGCUCUGUGCAGCGGAGGGAAGGUCUUGGUCCACUGCACCGUGGGGGUGAGCCGCUCCGCCACGCUGGUGCUGGCCUACCUGAUGAUCCGGCAGAACCUGACGCUGGUGGAGGCCAUCAAGACGGUGAAGGACCACCGAGGCGUCAUUCCCAACCGAGGGUUCCUGCGACAGCUCAGCGGUCUGGACGGCAUCCUGAGGGAGAGCCGGAGGACGUCGCCGCAGAGCUGAAACCCAGCAUGGACAUGGAGGUACGGAGGGGGCGGAGCUCCUCCAAAACAACCAUCAAGCUCCGCCCUAAAGCCUCAGAUGAUCAGGGAAAGCCUUCUAAGCGCCGGCGCUUCCUCAGAACCCCACAGUAUGAAUGUAGGAUUCUUUGGUCUGGGAGAAACAUUCCAGGAUGGAACUUUGAUCUCUAAAUGUGCGUGUUUGGAUCUGGACUUUUCUGCUCUGGAGCGCAUGAGGUUUUCAUUAUCCUGAUGCUGAAACAUUCCUCUGAGCUGGUUCUGGUUCUGAUGGACCAAACUUUAAUCAAACUCUUCAGCUUCUUUUAGUGUAGAAGUUUGAACGCUGAUGACCUGCCAACAGAAACAGAAACUUCUAGUUUUUCACACACUAACUUUACUGAAAGUUUCAAUUUCAGCAGCAAAAAAAAAAAAAAAAAAAAAAGCAUUUAUCACUGAGCAGAGGCGGAGUCAGAGAGAAAACGCCAAAACGCUAGAUCUGGGGUCCCCAAACUACAGAUCAGGCCCGCCUCCACAUUUGGCCCGGCCCCCCACAUAGUAUCAGGAACGCCUCAAACAGGAAGCACAGAGGACAAGGUCAAAGGUGACCAGAUAAACCAACUACUUAAGUUUUAUGUCCCCAGGACUUUUUUUGGACAAAAAAAGUCUAAAAAAUGAAUAAUCUGUAAAUGUAAACCCUCUUAAGCUCUGAUGAGUUUAGACUAAAUUAGAGUCCUUCUGAUUCCGUGUUUUCCUGCUGACCCAGCAUUCCUCAGUGCCUGAGACCCCGCCCCCAAACCCAAGUUAGGCCCAAUGCUCGAGGAAACAUCUGGGCCAGACAUUUGUCAGCGUCUGAGGUGAGCUGAAAGUAGAAGAUCCAGAUGUUAACGGGUCAGGAGCUGCUGGUUAUUCAUCACCAGCAGCUCCAAUAACCAGGUUAGCUGGCCUGGAUGAAGGAGUCAUGUCUGAACACAGAAGGAGGUAUUAGUCUGCACAAACUGAGCAAAGAAAUCAGCUAACGAGUCAGUCACAUGACUAAAAGCUGCUGGAGGAGAACUGUGGGACGUUUGUGGAACUCAGAGCAGCGACUCUCCACCAAACUCAAGAGCUUGAAGCCAAAAAAAAAAUGUUCAGAUGAAGUGAUGCCAUCAUGGAGGGCAGAUCCUGCUGUGGAGGAAGUAUCAUUAUAUGGGAUCACUUCAGCUCAUCAGCUGAAGGUUCCAGACCUUAAAAUGAAUAAUUUGGACGUUCAUCUCUGAAACCACUGCCAGCUUGACAGAUGAAGCUAAGAUAACCCUUUAAUCUGAAAGAUCCUCCCAGAUGAUCCAAGGAAAAACAUCCAACUACAAGCUUCCGAAGACAGUUCAUCUUCCACGGCAACUCAAAUCUGUGCCUCAAUGAAGAGAUUCUCUUGGCUGCAGUACACAAGUCAAGCCACUGGAUGGCUCUAGACUGCAGUUAAACCCAAACACCACCGCGUCACAGACAAUUCCUGAAGGUGUUGAAACUGACCGAUCUGCCCGGACGGACAAGGUGUCUUCUCAUUAGGACCAACGGAUGCUUGUGUCCCACCUUCAGUGAAGGUUGUGCUUCUAAAGCCUUAGGGGUUGACUCGUACGGGUGCUGCAGGUUUUUGGGUUGUGGGGUUGUAGAGAGGAGCAGCUGCUUCGUAAGGGGAGUCCAGGUGUGUCUUUCAGUUCCCUUGAGGGUCACCUCAAUGAAAACGGAACGUACCAUUGUUGUGUAUGUGGUAAUGGUAUCAUGAAGUAUUGGUAAGGAUAAUGGAAGUUAGCUGUGACGUAUGGGUGAUGCUGUCCUACUGAGUCCUUACGCCACACUCUGGUGGUUAGUAAGGUGUGAGUACUGGCUCCGUACUGACUACACAAACAGGGUGUGUACUCUAUACGUUAGUUCCACACAAAAUACACUCUGAUUGUCUAAUUUCCUCAUUUCUGACAGUCAGGAUGAAGUAAACUCGUAUCACGUGAACAGCACUACCAGGCAGCUCGUAUCCACCCAUAGGGACUACAGUGACUAAGGAUAGGCUUAAGAAAUCCAAUAAUUUCUCUAUUUCCUGAUCAAGAUGAUUAGAUGGAUGACAAAGGUCCCAGACCUGUUUCUUCUUCCAUAGUUUAGGACCAUUAGGUUUCCUGAACAACUGUUUUUUUUUUUGGUUGUGUUGCAGGUGUGAAGACGGCGGUUUGUUUGAAUUAUAAAAACUGUUUGGUUCGGACUUUUGCUUUGACUGAACCUGAUCAAGACGAAAAGACGCCGAUCAAGAAGACCGACCGGGUCCUGCUAGUCUCACACUGUUCUGCUGUCAUUACAGCACAUUUACAGAGGAGACCUGUUUUUUUAGACGGGUUCUCUGGUUCCAGUUCAGGCGGUUUAUCUCAUUAACACCAAAGCUUAA